GCUCGUGCUUGAAGCCGCUCUCACGCAACUGUGCACACACCAUUUCCAGUUGUCAGCAAAAUGCGAGGUUAUGAUGAUGAACAGAAAGUUUUGUAAUUCUUGACAUUGAAGUUGGUGUAUUUUUGAAUUUAUAAUAAUAUUUAAAUUGCCGAUAUGAACAUUGCCCGAAAAAUUCCCACUUACGUCUAUGUAGGUUCAGCAAUUUGCGGAGUAUACGGUUUAGCCAUUCUUGUAAAGGACAGGGGUGGUGGUGAACGAUACAAAGGCAUCCCCAGUGCGGACGGCAAAGUUGCGAUUGUUACCGGCGCGAAUACAGGCUUGGGCAAAGAAACAGCCUGGGAAUUGGCCAAAAGGGGCGCCAAGGUUUAUAUGGCUUGCAGAGAUAUGAUUCGUUGCGAGGAGGCCCGUCAAGAGAUAGUUUUAGACACAAAAAACAAGUACGUUUAUUGCAGACCGUGUGAUUUGGCCUCGCUAGAAUCGAUCAGAAAUUUCGUCCGAACAUUCAAAGCUGCAGAACAGAAACUGGAUGUUUUAGUUAAUAAUGCUGGCGUAAUGAGAACUCCGAAAGGAUCGAAAACGCAAGAUGGAUUUGAAUUGCAAUUGGGCGUCAACCAUUUGGGCCAUUUUUUGUUAACAAAUCUCCUUUUGGACCACUUGAAGAAAUCUGCUCCAAGUAGAAUCGUAAAUCUGGCCAGUAUCACAUACAAAAACGGCACAAUCAACAAGGCAGAUUUGAAUAGUGAGGCUGACUAUGAUCCGGCCGAUGCGUAUGCUCAGAGCAAACUAGCUGUGGUACUGUUCACUAAUGAAUUGGCUCAGCGAUUGGAAGGUACUGGAGUCACAGUGAAUUCAAUCCAUCCUGGCAUUGUGGACACGGACUUGGCACGUCACAUGGGAUUCUCAAAAAGUACCUUUGCUCGCAUUAUUUUCAGGCCCUUAACGUGGGCCUUCAUUAAAAGUCCGCGUCAAGGGUGCCAAAGUAUAAUUUAUCUAGCAUUGGAUCCUGAGGUGGAGAAAGUGACCGGAAAAUAUUUCAAUAGCUUCAAGGAGGAAGAACUUUCCGGAGAUGCUCUGGACUUGAACUUGGCUAAAUGGCUGUGGAAAGUCAGCGAAAAAUGGACGCGAUUAUCUGCGUAGGAGUUUUUGCUGUUAAAUAUGACCAAACCAUCGCUGUUGCGUUCCAAAAAUGAAGCAUUUUUAGGUAUGUUAUGCAAAUAUAUUAAUAUUUAUUA